GGAAGGGCAUUCUAGGCAUAUGGGGCAGCAGGGGCAGCUGCUUGGAGGGGGAAAAAGAAGGAUCUGUUUGCUAAGGUGUCCAGUCUGGCCGGAAUGUGAGGUAUGUGCAACGGGAGUAAAAGCAGGAGAAGAGAAAGGCCAGUGGAGGCCAGCCUGUGGCAGGCCCAUGUAAGGAGUCUGGGCAGAAUCGGGUAGGGUGGAAGACAGCCUAAAUUAUAAGAGAGGAACGAAAAGAUGUAAGGAAAAGAGACAAAGACAAAAGGAGAGGUUGCUUGGGCGCCACUGCCAACCCCUCGGAGGGACAGGUCCAACCUGUCUGCACCUCAGCUCCAUUUGCAUGCAGAACCCCACUGCCGGCGCCCCUGCCCAGUGCCCGGAGCAGAAUGUGAAUUGAGAAACCCAAGGAAUAUAAAGGGCAAGCGGCAAGGCCUGGCCUCAGAGCGCCCCAAACCCGACACCAUGAGGAUCCCCGUUCUUCCCGCCGUGGUCCUCCUCUCUGUCCUGGCGCUCCACUCAGCUCAGGGGGCUGCCCUGGGCGGGGCUGAGGAAGAAACUACCGUGGACAACUACGAGGCAAGACCUGAGGCCUUUAACGCCCAGUUCCUGAACGUUGACAAGUUGCGAUCUGUCCUGAAGCCCGAGGAGUUCCUGAACUGGCACGCCCUCUUUGAGACUAUCAAAAGGAAACUUCCUUUCCUCAACUGGGAUGCCUUUCCUAAGCUGAAAGGACUGAGAAGCGCAACUCCUGAUGCCCAGUGACCACUCCCUUUGAGGCCUGGCACUGCUGAUACCCACGAGAGAUGGGGCGGGUGUGGGAUCUGGUCACCGUCCUCUAAUCACUCAGGAAGGCCAAUAAAAUGUUUUCCAAACA